AUGGCCAGCAGGUUUGCAGUAAAGUCCUUGGACCACCUGGUCCUCACGGUUCGCUCGAUUCCCAAAACUGUGGCGUGGUACACCACCUACCUCGGCAUGCGACAUGAAAUCUUCACUUCACCCCUCAAUGAAGCCGUUCAAAGGCACGCUCUUAUCUUCGGAAGCCAGAAAAUAAACCUCCACCAAUCAGGCAAGGAAUUCGAGCCCAAGGCCCAGGAUGUCAUGCCCGGAAGCGCCGAUUUGUGCUUCUUGACCGACGACAAUAUCGAAACUGUUCUUGCUGCCUUCAACGAGGCAAGAAUCGAGGUUCUGGAAGGCGCCAAAAUUGUAGAAAGAACCGGGGCCGUGGGAAAGAUCCGGAGUGUGUAUGUGAGAGACCCUGAUGGAAAUCUGAUUGAGUAA